GUGAAGAUCUCACAUGCGAGCAAAGCUUCAAACAGGAAGGAGCUUUUCACGGAAUGGAGAUGUGGCGAAAUCUUUUUUUCUUUGGAUGAGGAAAUAUUAAGCACCCAGACAUUUUCCUUUAACAGCAAUGGCUUUUUGGAAACUAUGGGAUCAUAUUUGGAAUCUAUUUGUCAUCCUUCUUUGUCUCUGCGAAUGCUCCGUGGCUCAAAUAUCAUAUGUCAUCGCGGAGGAGGUGGACAAAGGCACCGCGGUAGGAAGUCUCGCUAAAGACUUGCAUCUCAGUGUGCAGCAGCUCCAGACUUCGGGUCUUCAGAUCAAAUCUGGAUAUUUAAAACGAUAUUUCGAAGUGGAUCGUGAAUCCGGGAAUCUUUACGUUAACGACAGAAUAGACCGUGAGGAGCUUUGCCCUAAUAUGCUAAAGUGCGCCUUAAACAUAGAGGCCAGUCUGAGCAACCCCCGAGGUCUGCAUAGAAUCGAAGUCGUGAUAACGGAUAUUAAUGACAAUGCGCCAGCUUUUGUGGAGGAAGUAACAACAGUGGAAAUCUCAGAAUCUUCGUAUGUUGGAGAGAGAUAUCCUCUGGCGAGAGCCCAUGAUGCAGAUGUUGGAAUUAACUCGGUGAAGACUUAUAAAUUGAGCCCAAAUGAGCAUUUCUCCUUAGAUGUACAGAGCACCGGUGAGCAGAACGUGUUUGCUGAAUUAGUUCUACAGAAAGUGGUAGAUCGGGAAAAGCAGCCGCAUUAUGAACUCAUUCUCACGGCGCUUGAUGGAGGAAAGCCUCCAAAAACAGGCAGUUUACUAAUAAAAGUGAAUGUCCUGGAUGUAAAUGAUAAUUCCCCUGCUUUUAGUUAUCCUCUUUACAAAGUGCAAGUGGUGGAAAAUGCAGUUCUGGGCACAACUUUACUGAGGCUCGCUGCUUCUGAUUUAGAUGAAGGCGUUAAUGGACAGGUAGUUUACACGUUUACAGAAAAGGGGCGUUUAAGUCCAGACGACACAUUUUUCCUGAAUAAUGAGACCGGGGAGGUUACGGUCAAAGGCAGUUUGGACUUUGAGGAAACUCAGGCAUAUGAGAUUCGUGUCCAGGCACGGGACAAAGGCAAUCCUCCCCGCAGUGCGCAUAGUAAAAUUUUAGUUGAAGUAAUUGAUGUCAAUGAUAAUGUCCCCGACAUCUCAGUUUCGUCACUUAUGAGUCCUGUGAGUGAGGACGCUGAAAUUGGCACAGCUGUGGCAAGGGUGCAAGUUAAUGACAGAGAUGGGGGCAAAAAUGGAAAAACAAACUGCAAGAUCAUGAAUUCUGUUCCAUUUCAAUUAAAAUCGAAUUACAAAAACUAUUAUUCUUUAUCAACUAGUGGCUCUCUUGACAGAGAAACUGUUUCAGAAUAUAACAUUACAUUAUUAGCGACAGACGACGGGACGCCAUCACUUUCUAGCACGCAUAUCAUAACUGUUCAGGUGUCAGAUGUUAAUGACAAUCCUCCCAGAUUUCUGGAUUCUCAAAUCAAUGUAUACGUGAAAGAAAAUAGUCCAAUCGGAACAACAAUGUAUAAACUAAAAGCAGUUGAUGCAGAUUUAGACGAAAACGCCAAAUCAACAUACCAGCUAAUUAAAACCCCUAACGUAAAAGCGCAGAUGACGUCAUUGGUAACAAUUAACUCGGAAACAGGAGAGAUAACCAGCCUAAAGUCAUUUGAUUUUGAGGAGUUGAAAACAUUCCAGUUCAAAGUUCAGGCCACAGACUUUGGAGUUCCUCCGCUCAGCAGCAACGUGACUGUGAACGUUUUUGUUCUGGAUGAAAAUGACAACAGUCCCUCCAUUCUUGCUCCUUACUCUGAGCACGGCUCCGUUAACAGUGAGAACAUCCCAUAUUCUGCAGAAGCGGGAUACUUUGUGGCAAAGAUCAGGGCUGUGGACGCAGACUCUGGAUACAAUGCACUGCUUUCUUAUCACCUGUCUGAGCCCAAAGGAAACAACCUGUUCAGGAUUGGAACCAGCAGCGGGGAGAUCAGGACUAAGAGGAGAAUGAGCGACAAUGACCUGAAAAGUCACCCUUUGCUGGUGCUGGUUUCUGAUAACGGAGAACCUUCUCUGUCAGCUACUGUGUCUAUUGAGGUGGUGGUGCUGGAAAGCACCGCUGACAUGCAGACUCCGUUCAGACACGUGCCUCUAAAGGAGGACAACUUCUCGGAUUUGAACCUGUACCUGCUGAUCGCCAUAGUGUCGGUGUCCGUCAUCUUUCUGCUGAGUCUCAUCAGUCUGAUGGCUGUCAGAUGCCACAGGACAGAGGGAAGUUUCAGCAGAUACAGUGCUCCAAUGAUCACCACCCACCCUGACGGGAGCUGGUCUUACUCAAAAGCUACUCAGCAGUACGACGUGUGUUUCAGUUCAGACACACUCAAGAGUGACGUGGUGGUUUUCCCCGCACCGUUUCCUCCUGUAGAUGCAGAACUGAUCAGUAUAAACGGAGCAGACACUUUUACCAGAACUCAGACUUUACCCAACUCAGAGAAGAGAAAUAUAAAUAGACGGGACUUCAACGAAGCAGCCAGGAUGCUUCUCGCCAUUCUUCUUUGUCUUUUUGACUGGUCUGCCGCUCAGAUGUCCUUCUCAGUUUCCGAGGAAGUGGACAAAGGCACAGUGAUAGGAAAUCUCGCAAAGGAUUUAAACAUUGUUUCACAACAGCUGGAGGAACGAGGAUUUCGGAUCGUAUCUUUGCUCAGUAAGAAAUAUUUCGAAGUGGAUUUAAGAACAGGCGCUUUGUUCGUAAAUGAACGGAUCGACCGCGAGGAGCUCUGCCCUAAUACACACAAGUGUUCCUUAAAUAUCGAGGGGCUCAUUAGCAGUCCCAUGAAUAUUUAUCGGAUUGAGGUCAAUAUUCUCGACAUUAACGACAAUGCUCCGAAAUUCCUGGAGCAAAUACACGUUUUUAACGUUUCUGAGUCCUCCUCAGCGGGGGAGAGAUACCCCCUCCCUGCUGCACAUGACGCCGACACAGGCAUCAAUUCAGUGAAAACGUACAAAUUAAGUCCAAAUGAGUUUUUCUCCAUAGAUGUAAGUACAAGUCGAGACGGUUUGUCUGCAGAGUUGGUGUUACAGAAAGCUUUAGAUAGAGAAAAACAACCUAAUGUGAGACUGAUAUUAACUGCUGUAGAUGGAGGAAAACCUGCGCGCUCUGGUAACAUGCAAAUUAUCGUUAACGUUGUGGAUGUUAACGACAAUACGCCUUUAUUUAGCAAGCCGCUUUAUAAAGUGAGUGUCCGUGAAAACGAGUCAGUUGGCACAACCAUACUGAAGUUGAAUGCCACAGACUUGGAUGAGGGGUCAAAUGCGGAAAUUAAAUACUCCUUAAUGAAAAGAGGAAAUGUGGAUUCUCAUGAAAAAUUUUAUGUGGUGCCAGAGAGCGGUGAGAUCGUUCUGAAGAAUCGUUUAGAUUAUGAGGAGAACAAUGCCUAUGAAUUAAGAGUGCAAGCAUCUGACAAAGGAGGCUCCCCCCGGAGUGGGUAUUCUAAAGUGCUGAUAGAAGUUGUUGAUAUGAAUGACAAUGCACCAGAAAUCUCCAUAACAUCCGUGAUGAGUCCAGUUAAGGAAAAAGCAGAGAUUGGAACCGUUGUUGCUUUGGUUACUGUGACUGACAAAGAUGGAGGACAGAAUGGAAUUACUACUUGUAAAAUCAAAAAUAUCCUCCCUUUUAAAUUAACUACUAAUUACAAAAACUAUUACUCUCUAAUAGUUGAUGGGUUGCUUGACAGAGAGACAGUGGCAGAAUACAAUGUUACAAUCACCGCUGUUGAUGCAGGCAGUUUACCCCUCUCAAGCACUGCAGUAAUCAACGUACAAGUUUCUGAUGUAAAUGACAAUGCACCCACUUUUCCAGAAGGUGCGAUGAAUGUAUAUGUGAGAGAGAACAGCCAAGUGGGAAACGUAAUAACCAAAGUAACAGCGCAUGAUGCAGAUAUAGAUGACAAUGCAGAUUUGACAUACUUCUUAAUUGACAGUAAUUCUUGGAAAACUCAAAUUUCAUCAAUUUUAAAUAUAAAUUCAAAAACUGGAGAAAUUAUGGCUAUGCAAUCUUUCGAUUAUGAGAAAUUGAAAACGUUCCAGUUCAAAGUUCAGGCCACAGACUCUGGAGUUCCUCCGCUCAGCAGCAACGUGACUGUGAACGUUUUUGUUCUGGAUGAAAAUGACAACAGUCCAUCCAUUCUUGCUCCUUACUCUGAGCACGGCUCCGUUAACAGCGAGAACAUCCCAUAUUCUGCUGAAGCGGGAUACUUUGUGGCAAAGAUCAGGGCUGUGGACCCAGACUCUGGAUACAAUGCACUGCUUUCUUAUCACCUUUCUGAGCCCAAAGGAAACAACCUGUUCAGGAUUGGAACCAGCAGCGGGGAGAUCAGGACUAAGAGGAGAAUGAGCGACAAUGACCUGAAAAGUCACCCCUUGCUGGUGCUGGUUUCUGAUAACGGAGAACCUUCUCUGUCAGCUACUGUGUCUAUUGAGGUGGUGGUGCUGGAAAGCACCGCUGACAUGCAGACUCCGUUCAGACACGUGCCUCUAAAGGAGGACAGCUUCUCGGAUUUGAACCUGUACCUGCUGAUCGCCAUAGUGUCAGUGUCCGUCAUCUUUCUGCUGAGUCUCAUCAGUCUGGUGGCUGUCAGAUGCCACAGGACAGACGGAAGUUUCAGCAGAUACAGCGCUCCAAUGAUCACCACCCACCCUGACGGGAGCUGGUCUUACUCGAAAGCUACUCAGCAGUACGACGUGUGUUUCAGUUCGGACACACUCAAGAGUGACGUGGUGGUUUUCCCCGCACCGUUUCCUCCUGUAGAUGCAGAACUGAUCAGUAUAAACGGAGCAGACACUUUUACCAGAACUCAGACUUUACCCAAUUCAGACAAGCCCAAGGGACCCGGUUCUGACUGGAGAUACUCGGCCUCCCUGAGAGCAGGAGGAGUGAUGCAGAGUUCAGUGCACAUGGAAGAGUCUUCGGUCUUGCAAGGAGCCCAGGGCGUCCUGGUUCAGAACUGGCCGACUGCAUCGAGUGCUGCUGAUGCUGAAGGAGGAGAAGUUUCACCCCCAAUGGGUGCCGGCGUAGACAGCAACAGCUGGCACUUUCGCUAUGGCCCAGGAGGCCCUGGUGCCCCCCAGCACCUGAAGCCUGGUGAGGUUCCCCCAGAAGCAUUCAUCAUCCCAGGGUCGCCUGCCAUAAUAUCCAUUAGACAGAACCAGGGAGGCGAGGAUGACAAAAGUGAUUUCAUCACCUUUGGAAAGAAAGAGGAGGCCAAGAAGAAAAAGAAGAAGAAGAAGGAGAAGAAAGACAAAAAGGAUAAGGGAAAGGAUGAUGGGGAUGAGUAGAACAAACAGGAGUAAAUAUAGUAAAAAGGAAGCGGGUGUUGUUAAAACAGAGGUACCAACCAAAGUCCAUAAGGCAAAAAAAAAAAAAAACCUUAAUACUCUUAAUUCCUGUUCUUGUUAAUAAGAUUUUAGAUUUCUGUUGCUAGAUACAUUGGCUUUGUCAAGUCAAAUAACUCACACAAUUACGAGUCAAACAGACAAUAAAACUUUUUUUCCACACCCUUAUGUGCCUACGCACCCUGACUCAACUUAUGUUAUCCUUUAAAAAAUGGAACAUUUACUUUUGGACUGUUGAAUUGUUUGCCCUUUUGAGCCUUUGGGUAUGUUGGCACCUCUGUCUUACCCCCCUCCCCCCUACCCAGCCCCCCAAAAUUCCCAGCUGCAAUGUGGAAAUCAUCCUCUCAUCGAGGAGAACAACACUUUGUACAAGAACAAAGAAAACAUGUGCCAGCCAAGGAAAGAUGGAAACGCAAAGAAGGCUGAUAUACCAAUGUAUGAGGUCUGAGCUGGACACUUUCUUCUUGUAAAUAGCACGGGCAAAAGUCACUGAAACCAAGGCUAUUAUGACACUGCUGCAGAGUCCACUGGUAAUGACCAAGCGUGUUUGCCGGAAUCUCCUUGAAACACACGCACACAUGCAUGCUCACCCAUUCAAACAUGGAAACCAUGGCACGUGGACUCAGAAAGCACUUGAGGCCUAGAAAGAAGGAACAAAUUAAAGUGAGUGAAUAAAUGGUAAAUGUGCAAGCUCUUUGCCUAGCAUUGUCAUCUUUAAGGUGCAAAAUGCACAUCAGCCCUCUCUCAAGAUGGAUGCAAGAUUCCUCUGUGUUGGCCCACUGCAUGGAAAGGACAUUUGGAGCUGUGUCCUUUGCCAGAACCUCCACUGAAGAAUGCAAAGAGUGCUGGGUGGAAGAUACUUCAAGUUUCUCUGAGGAUCAUGCUUGAUACUCAUGCGUUUAGUCAAUGGGCUCUGAUGAAACCUUACGGAAAGUAAGGAGAGAUCUUCACUUUCCCUGCUGCAGCAUAAGCCUAAAUGCUUUCUGCUUUGAAUGUUUGGUAGCAACCAGUCUUUACCCAGUACAUUGAGUUUACAAAUGCUCCUAUACUUGUACUGGACACUUGCUGCCACAAGCCAUCUUCUCCCCAAACCUCUUUUUCUCCCUUGUUACCCAUCCAUGUGAUUGCCUAUUCAUGUAACUAAGAUGUUUGUUGACUUAUUCUGUGUUAAUUUUUUCUUCUUGAAAGAGAUUCAUUAUUCCAUGUUAUGACGUUUUGAUUUUCUUUUCUUCUAUCAUAGCUUUAACUGCUUUAUGCUUUGCAGGCCCACCUCUAUUUACCCACAGGCAGUCACCCCCACCCCCGCUCUGAUCCCCUACCCAGGACAUGUCCUGGUUAUGGCCUGCUCUGAACAUUGUGGUGUGCUGAGAACAGCAUGGAGUAAUGUGGACAAGGCCUGGGGAGGCACGAUCGGGGGCCUACACCCUGAAACCUCCUCAGAUGUUUCUCAAGUGCAUAACGGUUCAGUGCUUUUAACUUGCGAAUACUACAGUACACUGUUCAUUUCCUGUUUGUAACCAUUAAUGAGAGGGGACCAGGUGGGAUGAAGCUUUGCAUAAAGACUUUGGUCAGCUGGAAUAAAGUGAUGAGUUCAAUAUAAGCUAAUUACUAAAAGUUAUAGAGAACACAUUAUUCUGGGAGCAUUAAGUAUCAAGUCAGCUACCCUUUAUGCUGUAAUGGCAGGUAAUUUUUUUUUUCCAAGGAUUGGCAAUAAGUGAAUCAUUAUGAGUUCAAAUAGUUACUCAAAAUAAUUAAACCCCUAAGCUGUCUCCCACCAAUCCCCUCUGAGGAGGUUUUGAAAAAAAGGGGCACGGACAUCUUUCAAAACCUCCAUCUGUUGGUUCCACUCCCUUUGCCUGUUACUUGUUGCCAUGUCCCCAGAGUUUGCGGCUCAGUAUGAUGUCACUCCAUUCAGUGGCUGCUGCAUGUACUGCUCUAAAGAAUCACAUACUAUAUAGAGAAAUAUAUAUAUAGAUAGAUGGAUAGCUAUUGGUUUUAUUAUUUUGUAUCAUCAUUUCUCUUCAUUACUCUCACAGGAGAUAUUUGUACUGCUGUCUCUGCCAAACAUCUAUGUACUACCAUCUUCACACACUACAGAUGUUAAAUGGCAUCCACUAAAUCUCUUUAGAUAUUUGUAAAUGCUAUAGUGUUAUACCUUUCAAUGCAAGUUUAUUUUUCUCUUACCAACAACUGUUUUGAGAAUGAGCAAAGCAAAAGGAGAAAAAAAGAAAGAAAAAGGAAUCACACUUUGUCUCUGAUCUAACUAACAUUGUAUUAUUGUAACUGAAAUAUGUAUGAUGCUAUCAAUAGCUACCACUUCCCUUUUACUCUUAUAAAAAGCAAAACAAAAGAAAAAAAAUCCUGUGUAAAACUAAAGCAAAAAUAUAAAAAAAGGGUAUAUGUAAGUGUAUGCUUGUGUUUAGUGAGUGUUCAUUCUGUCUUUCUUUCCCAAUGUAUGGUGGUGAAAUAUGGUGGCAAUGUGCUGUUCUAUGGAUCAGCAGAGAUCUGUUGUAAAAACCUUUUUUGUACACACUCUCAUCAGCUGUGACAGUGAAGUAGCAGAUUUCAUUUAUUUCUGACUCUUUUUAUGUUGCCUAAAUGGAAACAGUGGUAAAGUGUUUGGUUUAUAAAUCACCAAUAAAGUUUUCUUUCUUAAAAUA